GCUCAGUUCUUAUCGAGUAUAAAGGACCUCGAGUUGGGCAGGCUAACUUCAUUCGAUCACAGAUUCACAGCUAGCCAGCAUCAAGUCUACAGAGUUCCAGAAGGAGGAAAAGUACAUUAAACUAAAGAGUUGUCUUGAUUGAGUUCGCAAAACUAAUAAGACGAACGAAAAAUGUUGUCGGAGAAAUUGAUUUUCAUUCUCCUGCUCGCAGCCGUUGCCACGGCUAUCCCACGACCCGAUGACAGCGAAGAGUCCAAGGCCGAUGACGACGAUGAUUGCUCACUGCCGGCCAUCCAACCAGGAGCCAAAAAAAGCUGUCGUGCGUUUUUAACCCGUUGGACAUUCAAUGACGGCGCCUGCCAACAAAUCACUUACGGCGGAUGUGGAGGCACGAAAAACCUCUUCGAAACCGAAUACGCUUGCAACGCUAAAUGCAAUAGGAAAGCUUUGCUUCGAGGACCGGGUGCUCGAUCCAGCGAAUCCGCACCUUCUCCGUGCCACUUACCGUCGGCUGCCGGUUAUUGCCGUGCUCACAUCCCCAGUUUUUACUUUGAUUCGGUAUCCGGUGAAUGCAAAUCGUUUGUCUACACCGGGUGCAAGGGAAAUGCAAACAAUUUUUUUUCCAUGGAAGACUGCCGAAAGACCUGCAAGGUCAGGCAGAUAGUUGCAGUAACGCUUCCUGCUACUAUUAAAGAUUCUGCAAAGACCGUGAGUGACAUUUGCAGCCUUCCACCCGACAAUUCGAAAACCACAGGCCGUGCUUGUAUGGCUUUUGUUCCAUCCUGGACUUUUAAUUCCACUUCGAAUAAAUGUGAAAGUUAUGUUUACGGAGGGUGCGGCAAAACGGCUAAUCUUUUCAGAACGGAAGAAGCCUGUCAAUCCACAUGCGGAUCAACAGCCAAAACUGUUAUCCACGCCUCAGUUCGAAAUCAGGAAUCAUGUCUUCUUCCUGUCGCCAAGGGUCCUUGUUUCGGCUUCAUGAAACGCUACGGUUUCAAUAAGGAAAAGAAUAGGUGUGAACUGUUUACUUAUGGAGGUUGCCAAGGAAACAGUAACAAUUUCGCAACUGCUGAUCAAUGUUUUGACGCAUGUGGAGGCGCUUUGCCCAGUUUGGCCUCCGAGUGCGAGCAAGUAACAUGUCCCAUUUCGAACAAACGAUAUUUUGAGAGAGGAUGUCGACCAGAUUACAAAGGAAAGGCUUGUUGCCCGACUAGUUUCAGCUGCCCUGAUGAUAAAUCAGCCAAAGGUGUUUGCCAUUACGGCGGAGUGACUUACCAAUUGGGACAGAAAGUUCACGCCGUGACUGAAGACCAGCCGUGCAAAACAAAUUGCUUCUGCGUUAGCAGUGUCGAGCAUCAAGACGGAGCGACAAUUAAAUGCAGCGACGUGGAGUGUCCAUUAGUGGAUCCGCCAGCUAAUGGCAAAGAGGGAUGCGAAUUAGUUACGAAACCCAACACUUGUUGCCCUUCUUAUCAAUGCCACGACCAUUCAUCAGAAGAGAAGGAAGUCGAUAUCUGCUUGCUGAACGGCAAAGAGUUCAACAGGGGACAAGCCAUUCCGACUGGAGAUCCAUGCAAAACUUGCACAUGUGUUGAAGGAUUCACAGGAUUGAACGGACCGGGAUGUCGUGACACUCAAUGCCUUAUCGACAAUCGUAUCGGAUGUGUUCCAGUCUACACGGAAAAUGUUUGCUGCCCUACGAGUUACAAAUGCGCUAAAGAUACGGUUGCGGCAGCCGAGAAUAAGACGAGAAUCAUCCGUGUGGAAGGCGGACCCGGUAAACAGAGCGCCGUGACACUUCCGUUCUUGAUUCCCGGAGGAAACGUGAGAAAAUGGCAAGUGAAAGCAGCACUUUGUCUUUUGCCCAGAGAUAUAGGAAGAUGCAGGGCUUCUGUUCCUUCGUUUUACUAUGACGCCGAUCAACUGAAAUGCGUGCUCUUCAAUUUCGGCGGUUGCGACGGAAAUGAAAAUCGUUUCUCAUCUGAGGCCGAGUGUUUGUCAACUUGCCAGCAUUCCGACGUGGCAGAAACUGGUGCGGUUGCCGAACCCGUGGCUACCGAAGAAACCAAAAAGACAGUCGAAGGAACCAAAAAAGUCGCAUCACCUUUCAAACCCAGUGGAGUCGCUGUCACAUUACCGGCGCUGAUUCCCGAAGAUUGGGGUAAAGGGAAAGACUCGUCUUCCAUCAUGCUCCAGCGAUGCUUGAUGCCAAUGCACAUUGGACCUUGCCGGAUGUCUCUUGAAAAAUUCUAUUACGACGCUGAAAAGAAAGAUUGUCUUUUGUUCUUCUACGGUGGCUGCAAGGGCAACUCGAAUCAAUUCGACACAGUGGAGGAAUGUCGACAAACUUGUCGCGUUAAAUCUGAGGAUGUAGCCAAACCGACUACUGCUAUUCAGCAACCGGAUCAAGAUAUAGCUAAAGUCGCUAAGCCAAGCGUGUGUGAAAUGCCACAAGAAGUUGGACCUUGCAAAGGACAAGUACCCGCCUAUUUUUACAACAAGGAUAGUGGAGCUUGCGAGAGCUUCUGGUUUGGUGGGUGUCGGGGCAACGCCAAUCGGUUCGAGACGGAAGCCGAGUGUCAAACGAAAUGCAUUCCAAGUAGCUUGACUCGAGUAUCGGCCGUGAUUGGUGUAAAAGGAGCUGCACCUACUUCGGCACCCUCCUCAGACACUGUUGCCGAACACUGCAAGUUGCCCGCUGACAUUGGCCCUUGCAGAGCUGCCAAGCCCCGCUAUCAUUAUAAUUUGACGGCCGGAGAGUGUCAGCCGUUCAAUUUCGGAGGAUGUAGAGGCAACAACAACAAUUUCCAUACUAUCGAACAAUGUCAGAGCGAAUGCGCUGCUGGUGGCGCCGUCAAUCAACCCCUUUUAUCGUCGAUUAAAGAACACGUCAGAAAAGAAAUGAAUGAAGAGGAAAUCAACAGGUGCAAAUUACCAGCCGAUGUCGGUUUCUGCCGCUCUUUUCAGGAGCGAUUCUAUUACGACAGCAUCGAGAGUCAGUGCAAGACAUUUUCGUGGGGCGGAUGUCGUGGAAAUUCAAACAAUUUUCCCACAUCAGAGGAAUGUAUGGUCACUUGCGACAGACAAGGGAAGUUGGCUGCAGCUGUCACUGCUGACGCUAAGACUACUGGUCGAUUCAGAGCUCCAUCUCGAUUUAGAGCUACUCCCGUCGUCGAAGACACCGCCCAGCCCGAAGUAGAUACCAAGGAGUCUGAAUUAGAAGCUGCCUCAAGGAGAAGCGGCUUGACUUGCAAGUUCGGCAACGAGACACUAAACUUGGGUGAUCGACUUCAGUCGGACGAUCCUUGUGAGGAGUGCGUCUGUUCUACGCCACCAGAGAUCACCUGCACACGGCAAACGUGCCCCCCAUUUCCUGUCCUGAAUGGAGCGGCCACCUGCCGAGAGACGGUCGUUCCCGAUCAAUGUUGCCCCAUCAUUGAAUGCGUCUCCGCCAAUCCACCAGUCCUUGAUCCGCAAACCAUUUGAGUGCUGUGAGUUCAUAUUUCAAUUGAGUGCAGAUGGAAGCUGGGUGGAGCCUGUGAUCGGGCCUUUUGAGUGAUUUUAGUACCGGCAAUGAAGUCUUACUCCGAAAAACAUAUUACACAUAUUUUAUCCAGCACAAGUCAUCCAUAUGAAUUGAUCCUUUCAUUCUCUCCAAAAUCACCUCGCUUGCCUUCAAAUUUAGAUUCAUUUCUUUAAAAGACAUUUAAUUCUCGGGUGCAAUGUUUGUUUGAUUUCAAUAAAGAAAAAUUUCAGUAAAUUAAA